ACAAACAUUUGUUUGGAGUUGUUGCUAUUUUCAAAAAAAAGUGAUAUUUUUCACGUUAUUUUUCAAUGAAUUCCACACCUACUUCGGUUAGUAUCGAGUCGAGUGAAAAGGUCGCUUUCGUCUAUAGAACAGGAACAUUAAACUAUACCUAUGUAUGCAGUCAUUGCAACUGUUUAUUCACUAACAUUACGGAUAUUUUGGACCACAUCGAGACUCACUUCACCAGCCUCGACCAGGACCAUAUUAACACCGAUAACGAGCCGUACCGUGAUAAAGAUCUAGUGAAAGCGACACCAUCAGCAGCAAAUUACAUCGACCAUCAUUCCAACGGUUUGAGUUACAAAUGUAAAUUGUGUGGUGAAAGCCAAGAGUCGCAGGACGAUUUGAAUCAUCAUUGCUUGACAAAACAUUCCGGCGACAAUCAGUGUAGAUUCUGUGCGAUUUCUUUUGAUACGACGUCGAAGCUAUUACCCCACCUAAUUGAUGCACAUAUGAACGUAACGCAGUUGAUCUGUUGCAUUUGUUCAGAAAAUUUUGUUUGCAAGACUAGUUUUUAUGGACAUGUUCAAAACCAUGGUGUAAGCGACACGUCUAUCAUCUCAGACAUCAUCUCGAAAUGUGAAAAUUUUAAGGAAGUCUGCGUGGAACUGGAAGUUGAAGAGUGUAGUGACAUGUUGCAGUGCGACAUUUGUGGAUCGACGUUUGAUACGAAACAUAAAUUGAGUUUACACAUGAAGGAUACACACGCUACCAAGCACACUGCUGUGAAAAGGGGCAUGUAUAUGUGUAUCCAAUGCAACCGGAACAUCCAAGGGAAAUUUUUAUUCUACGCCCAUCAAUACGAACAUCUAAUGGGCGGUUUCGACGAUGCAGAUGAUGUUACGUUGAUCGACAAAUUGAAAACAUUUCUUAACGCCAACAUUCUGUACGAUACACUUGCUCCGGACAAAGCUUUCGGUUGUAAAAUUUGCUCCCACUUAUCGGUGAAACGGAGGAAAAACAUUGAGACGCACAUACUGCAAGAGCACGUUUAUCGCCUGCAAUUCAAAAAACGAUCGGAAAAGAAAUUUCCCUGCGAGUACUGUGGCCAAAAGUUCACUCUUUCACACAAUAUGCUUGUUCAUAAACGGAUUCACACGAUGGAACGACCCUACACUUGCCUGAUAUGCAAUAAAUCCUUUUCGCAUUCGAGCUACAUGAAAUAUCAUGAGAGGGUCCACAGCGGUCUUAAAACCUUUCAAUGUUCAACCUGCGGUAUGUCGUUCAAAUCCAAAACCAAAUUGAAUCAGCACAACAAAAUCCAUUCGAGUGAAACGACCAAGUGUCCCAUUUGCAGCAAAGAAUUCAAAGAACAUCGGCUGAAUGUGCACAUCAAGCAUGUCCAUCAAAACGAGCAUCGCCCGUACAAGUGCAAUGUGUGUGAGCAGGCAUUCAAAACGGCAAAAACACUGAAAACUCAUACGUAUAGGCAUAGCGGAGAGAAGAAAUAUCAAUGUCGAUUUCAUUGCGACGAACGAUUUACUUCCACAGCUGGACGUCGGGGUCAUGAACGGAGCAAGCAUGAAACGCAUUAGCGCUCUUUGUAAUAAACAUUUAUUUCUUUUUACAAAAUAAAUAAUUGGAACGACACAAAAUCAGAAUGCGAAAUGGAAUUUACUUAAAUCCUUAGACGUUGGCGUUGGCAAAGUUGUCGGUAUGUUGGUAAAUUUAAAUAACAAAAGGCUUUCGGAUAGGAUC